AUACUUACACAAUAUCCUACAAUGUCCUACAAUACAUUAUACAUUUGUCUUUGUCAAUUGUCAUACAUGUGCUAUUUUUUGAUACAUUGACAUGUUAAUUCUCAUAUUUAUGAUGUAAAUAAUAUUAAAAAGUUGGUAUUUCGUGUUGUAGAAACGUAUGAAAUAAAAGGUUAUUUUUAUAAAGUUUACUUUUAAAUGGUUUGCAUAUAAAAAAUACUUAUAAUCUUAAAAAUUAAACUAAAAAAUGACUGACGAAAAAAAGGUUAUGUUUCAUGAAAUGGAAUUGGAUGAUAGAAUACUAAAGGCCAUAUCACAGUUGGGAUGGCCCGAACCUACACUCAUACAAGAAACUGCCAUUCCAUUGUUAUUGGAAGGGAAGGACGUCCUUAUGAGAGCACGCACAGGGUCCGGUAAGACAGCUGCCUUUGCUGUACCAGUUAUACAGAAGAUAUUAAACUUGAAGAACACAAGCAAACAUCAGAGCAUCAGGGCUUUGAUAUUGUCACCAAGUAAAGAGCUGUGUGGGCAGAUAACAUCGGUAAUAGGAGAUUUAACUAUAAAAUGUGCACGUGAAGUACGAUGUAUCGAUAUCUCUGCAAAUGGAGACACUCAAACACAGAAAGCUAUACUCUCUGAUAAGCCCGACAUAGUUGUAGCGACUCCUUCAAGGGCUCUAGUACAUUUAAAAGCAAACAACAUGAGGCUCAAGGAAGAUUUGUCUAUGCUGGUUGUCGAUGAGGCUGAUCUGAUCUUCUCUUUUGGUUAUGAGGAUGAAAUCAAGGAAUUAUUGAGUCACCUUCCAAAAAUCUAUCAAGCAGUUCUUGCUUCAGCCACUCUGUCAGAUGAUGUGCUCAGUCUCAAGAAGAUAGUACUCCGGAACCCUGUCACCCUAAAAUUAGAGGAACCUGAACUGGCUCCAUCGUCACAAUUGCAGCAUUACCAUUUAUUUGCAGAGGAAGAUGAUAAGGCGGCCAUAUUAUAUGCACUGUUGAAAUUGAAUUUAGUAAGAGGGAAAAGUAUUAUUUUCGUCAGAACAGUUGAUAGAUGUUACAAAUUGAAACUAUACUUAGAACAGUUCAAGAUCGGAUCGUGCGUGCUCAACUCUGAGCUGCCAGCAGCAGUGCGCUGUUUGUCAGUCGAUCAGUUCAACCGCGGCCGGUAUCAGAUUAUCGUCGCGUCGGACGAGAAGGCACUGGAGAAGCCUGAUGGUGGAAUAUUGCCGAUUGAGGAACGAACUAAAAAGAAAAAGCAAUCUUCAAAACGAAAGAAAGACAAGGAGUCUGGUGUGUCCCGCGGUAUUGACUUCCAACACGUAUCGAACGUUAUCAACUUUGACUUCCCUCUCGAUGUCAACUCGUAUGUACAUAGAGCCGGACGGACUGCCCGAGGAAAUAAUCAGGGUUCCGUGCUGUCAUUCGUGUCAAUACGCGAGAAACCUUUGAUGGAUGCAGUCGAGCAACAUCUCUCUAAUGGAUUCAAAGGACAAAAAGUUUUACAAAAGUAUGAAUUUGCACUAGAAGAAGUGGAAGGGUUCAGAUACCGCUCCAGAGACGCGUGGCGCGCCGUCACCAGGAUAGCAGUCAGAGAAGCUAGACUCAAAGAGAUCAAACAGGAGCUCCUCAACUGUAAAAAGUUACAAGGCUACUUCGAGGAGAACCCAUCAGAUCUGGCAGCGUUAAGAAGGGACAAGGCACUGCACACUGUGAAGGUGCAGCAACAUUUGGCACAUGUACCAGAAUACCUGCUUCCGGCUGCCCUGCGCAAUGAAGAUAUUGUGGAAGACCAGGAAACAGUCACCGAGAAACCUCAAGUUAAGAAACGAAAGCAGAAUGCGAACUUUGGAAGUGCUAAAAGACAUAAAUAUCAGGUCAGUACAUAUCUCUGUACUCAUGCAACAGUGGUGCUCAUAAGUGUUUUGUGUUUUUUGAUAGAACUUGUUGAAAUUUUAACCAUUGUCGUUUUUUUUAUUGCUUAAUUGAGUAGACGAGCUCACAGCCCACGUGGUGUUAAGUGGUUACUGGGGCCCAUAGACAUCUAUAACGUAAAUAGGCCACCCAUCUUGAGAUCGUUACAACGGCUGCCCCACCCUUCAAAUUGAAACACAUUACUCCCGUGCGGACUCACAAAACGUCCUAUCACCAGUGCUGUCAUACUUGUAAAAUUUAUUAUUACUGUCAUCAUAAAUAAACUUGCUUAAUCAGCUAACAAAUUUAUUAAUUACAGAUGAUUUGCUGGUUUUUAGACUGCACCUAAAAGUCAAUGGUAGACUAUUUCAGACAGAUGAGUUUGAAAAUAAUGCAAAUAAAAAAUAUAUGUCUUUUCAUAUGUUUUCGAUUUAAUCUUUUACUUUUUUCAUUAGAUUUAACUAUUGUCAGUAAAUGUCAUAAAAAUAGGUAAAAUCAGGAAUUGCUUCACUAUAUAAAAUAGCUGCUCUUUUCUUCCAGGCUCGGCAGAAUGAUCCACUAAAAAGUUUUGAUGUUAAAAAGAAGAAGCAAACAGCAGGAGAGACUUGAUAUCUACUAAUUAACAAAUAAUGUACAGUAAUUUUUGUAAAAUAAAUGUUUACUUUGUUUA